UUCAAAUGAUCGAUUUAGUGAGGAAAGUUAUGGUUAAUUAAAUAGUAAUGAUUUCUCUCUAGAUAACUUCUUAGCUUUAUAAGGACUCCAAGAUUUUUCCAGGAAUUCUACACAAAGCUCAAGUCUUGGAGAAGUGAAAGAAAGAUGGAAGUUCGUGUUGUGUCAAAAGAACUCAUAAAACCAUCUUCGCCAGCAAUCCAACAUAAAAAACCCUACAAACUCUGCCUUUUAGAUCAGCUUACUCCUUCAACUUAUUCACCAGUUAUUUUCUUCUACCCCAUGGAACCUUCUUAUUCCGCCAUAGCCUUGUCUCGCCUGAAAAGUUCUCUCUCUGAGACCCUUAAUAUCUACUACCCUUUCUCUGGAAGAUUGAAUGAUAACCUCUAUAUUGAUCGUUUCAAUGAAGGUGUUCCAUUCUUCGAAGCCACAAUUAAUUGUCGCAUGUCUGAUUUCCUUAAACACCAUGAGAUUUUGUCUUUGAACCUUCUUUUGCCACUCCAGCCCUUUAGCAAGGCGGCAGACACGAACAUACCAAUACUAGAAAUUCAGGUGACUGUAUUUACUUGCGGAGGGAUAGCACUAACUGUUUGUGCAUCACACAAGCUCGUUGAUGGACCUACGGGUAGGGCUUUUCUCAAUACUAUGUGCUGUGUGUCCCGUGGAAAUGUUAAAGAUAUUAUCUACCCAAAUCUCAGCGAGGCAUCGCAGUUCUUUCCACCAACAACUUCACUUCCGAAAAAACAUAUAUCACUCAUGAAAAGCUUGUGGUUCACCGAAGGUAACUAUAUUACAAGGAGAUUUGUGUUUGAUGCCAAAGCAAUAGCUAACCUAAGGGCUAACACACAAGGCAAACUUGAGACUAGGCCUACAAGGAUUGAAACAUUGUCUUGUUUCAUUUGGAAAUGUUGUAUGGCAGCAUCAAAGGCAGUAUCAAGCUCACCCAAACCAUCCAUUUUGGUUGAAGCAGUGAAUCUCCGGCCACAAACUAACCCGCCUAUGUCUUUUACUUCCAUUGGGAAUAUCUAUUGGUGGGCAACAGCAGUUGCUCACCCUACAGCCACAAACAUAGAGUUGCAUGAACUCAUAAAGCUAUUGAGUGAAGGUACUGCACUGUAUAGGGGUGAUUUCACGCAGACUCUACAAGGUGAAGGUGGCCAUGAAACCAUGUCAGAGCACUGUGACCAGCUAGAAGAGUUAUUUUCCUUGGAAAGCCCAGAUAUAUUCGCAUUUACGAGUUGGUGUUAUCUUGGUUUCACUAAGACUAACUUUGGAUGGGGAGAGCCCUAUUGGUUUGCUUUCUUGGGGAAAGUUAGUCCUGCAUUUAGAAACUUUACCAUGUUCAUUGAAACGAAAGAUGGUAAAGGGAUCGAGGCAUGGAUCACCUUAGACCAGCAAAGAAUGGCUAUACUAGAAAAUGAUCCUGAAUUCCUGGCUUUUGCUUCUCCAAAUCCCAGGAUUUCAUCAUCAAGCCUGUAACCUCUGUCUUUCGAGCCCAUCAUCUCAUUAAUUUACUCCAUAGCUGUAUAAGAUUUUGUGGUUUUCAAGCCUAUCAAUGAAGCAAGCAGAUAUAGCAACUCUAGUUAUGGUAUUGGUUUAUCUUUCUUCUUCGUGUUAUAAUAUCCGGUUUGGGUUUUGCAAUAAUUGUGUUUGUAUUAUUAGAAGGCUAUAUGUAUUUUGUUUAUUAA